AUAAAGCAAAUUUACUUGAACAUAAUGAUCUUGAUACACUUCUGAAUAGAUUUUUUAAAGAGGAUGAUUAUUCUACUACUCUUACUUCUAUGAUAGUUGAUUUUUUUAAUAAUGUUGACCAAAUUAUUACUAUAGAAGAAGCAUUAACAGAUCAACAAAUAAUUACUAUUAUCUAA